AUGAAAGUAUAUGUUAUUACUUUAAUAUUGCUUUUAUGUAAACAUUUUUCAAGAAUUAGGGCAAAUAAUGAAAUUAAAAACGUUUCCCAAGAAAGAUCAAUUAUUUCUUUUUGCCCUUAUACAAAUCCAGAGACUUAUAUUUUGCAAAUAAAAUCACUAAAAAUAAUACCAAAUCCUCCACAAAGAGGUAGUCAAUUCAUAGUCGAAGGGCAGGGUACCCUUAAUGAAGACGUUUUAGUUGGAAGCUAUGUUCUUCUAAGUGUGACUUAUGGAAUUAUACCUAUUUUAAAUAUGCGAAUAGAUCUUUGUGAACAAACUAGAAAAGUACAGUUUCCAUGUCCAAUUUCUAAAGGAGAAUAUCAAGCUACUAGAGAAUUUUAUAUUCCAAGUAGCAUUUUCCCAGGCAGGUAUAUUAUCAAAGCAGACGCAUUUCUAGAAAAUAAUAAAAGAAUUGCAUGUUUUAUUGUUGAUAUCACAUUUAUUCCAAAAUUUUUUCUUAAGCAAUUAUAUUUUAAUAAUAAUCAGAAUUAA